UUUGUCAAGUUCGCACUUCGCUUCCAGUUUACAAAACGAUAUAACGAAAUUAUUACAAAGGCUGUUGUAAACGUUUGAUAUUUCCGGGUUUACAUACAAAAUGAGCACAGUUGACUAAUGGUCAACCUUUUAUACUUAAAUGAUGCUUCUAAUGACUCAAUAGAGCGAUGCGUAAAUGGCGCUUUUAUUUAAGAGGCGAGCGGCGUGUUUCCGGUUAGCUGUCAACUUGUUUAGCUUCACCACAAUCGACCGGUCAAACUCGGACCAAACACCGGCGCCUAGUUGAGCAAGACACAAUGUCUUUCAUAUUUGACUGGAUCUACAGAGGCUUCAGCGGCGUCCUGCAACUAUUAGGCUUGUACAAGAAGACCGGCAAGCUUGUGUUUCUCGGACUUGACAAUGCUGGAAAAACAACGCUUCUGCACAUGCUCAGAGACGACCGGCUCGGCCAGCACGUGCCAACCCUGCAUCCAACAUCAGAGGAGUUAACCAUUGCAGGAAUGACGUUUACAACGUUCGAUCUCGGCGGCCACACGCAAGCGCGGAGAAUCUGGAAGAACUACCUCCCUGCUAUAAACGGCAUCGUCUACAUGGUGGACUGUGCUGAUCAUGAGCGACUCAUAGAAGCUAAAGUUGAACUGGAUGCGCUUUUAACCGAUGAAACGAUUGCCAAUGUUCCUGUUCUCAUCCUGGGGAAUAAGAUUGAUCGUGCUGAAGCGAUAAGUGAGGACUCGCUCCGGAUUAUGUUCGGCCUUCAUGGACACACAACUGGAAAGGGCAAAGUCUCCCUGAAGGAGCUGAAUCUGAGGCCAAUGGAGGUAUUCAUGUGCAGCGUGCUGAAGAGACAAGGCUACGGAGACGGCUUCAGGUGGCUCUCUCAGUAUAUCGACUGAUUCAGUGCUGGUCCGCUAUGACGCCUGGUGCUGUUGAGCACACGAAGAGAUGUUCCACACACAACUACCUGCUGUAGACAGUUUGAAUCCUAGUCAAAACUUUAUUUGGGCGAUGUAGCGUGUUUGCUUUGUAGGUGUUCAACGAUCAGUCUUACCAGACAUUGUGGUGGUUUCGUUCAGAGUUCCAUCAGCCUUGUAGGACACGCUGUCAACCACGCUCGGGGUCGGUUUUAUUUUUGGCAGCUGGUUUUGCAUUACAAAGAAUGUCAGUUUAAUCUUUAGGCUGGAGGUUACUCCUCUAGCGCUGCUGCUGCUGCUGCUGCUGCUGUUGAAGCUCUUGGAAUCUAAAACAUCACUGUGUUUGUGAAGAGAAUGUAUUUUGCGAGGCUGGAAUUUGUGGUAGAGCCAAUAAAAUGUUAUUUAUCAGAGGAUGACCCAUGCAAAACACACUGCCGUGGCUUAACCUGUGUACUUUGUGAUUAGUUAUCACAUGCCGUGAUAGUAUGAGAGUACUCUGAGUCUAAACUACAAAAAAUCUGCAGUAUUAAAUGCUAUGUAUAUUUUACUUUAUUUAUAUCUGUAAAAAUAAAUGUAAAAAACGUUCUCCACUGCAA